AUGUCUCUCUCGCAUCAAGCCAGACUGUGGAUCAUGGUCCUAGCUGUGUGUAGUGUGACCCCGCUCAUCCAUGCGGCGGCUAAUAUAUUACAUUGCCACAACCUAGAAUAUGCUGGUCCGAUAAAAGAAGUGAUAGAAAUGAAACCCACUAAGCUGGCAGAGAAGACUUCCAAUGCAGCCAAGGUCAUACAGGGUUUUGCCACCGACAUGGCCUCCUCUGCCAUAGAAGAGAUCCCAGUCGUAGGUUCCGUACUCAGCACUCUCUUCGGCCACAUAGUAGACGCUUAUGGCGGUGGAGGCUUAGAUCCUGAAGACGUUUACAACAGUUUGAAGACAGAAAUCGAUCAGCUCAAAAAGUACAUGGACCAAGAAAUCGUAGAAGCAAAAUUAGAUUACAUCAAAAAGGCUUUUGGGACAAGCCAUGGUGGAAUUCUUAGCUAUGCAAUGCACUGCGAAAAAACGUACAAAGGUGAUGCAGACGACAUGGCAAAUUGUUUGGAGAAUUUACGCUCUAUGCUGACUCAACAGUACCACUUCUUCGUGCCAUCCGCUGACAGUAAGGUCAGUAUGUUGGAAUUUUCUUUGCCCAUGUUCCGCAUGUAUGGAGAGCUCUAUGUAGACACUCUCUUGGAACAGAUUGGUGUUGCAAGAAAGAGAGGCAAGGAUACUCAAGCUGUAGCACAUACAGAAACCUUGAUUAAAACAGUGAACGACUUCAAAGAGCAUUUCAAAACCGCUUUUGAAAAAAUCGCCAAACUUCAUUGCAGGCCACACGUUAUGCCACCCGAUAAAUAUCCCGACUGUGCAGUUUUACCAGGCCAGAAUGUCGACAUGUGUACUUGCAUUUUAGCAAUUGGACCAAACAAAUUCACAUCGGAUGAAGUCACAAAGGGCCCAGGGAAAGACUCCAAAAACUUUUGUCUUGGGAUUUUCUAUAAUAGGGUCAACCCAUGUGAAGAUGCCAAAGAAGGUUAUCGGAAAAAAUACGCUGAAAAACACCUCAAAGCCAUUGCAACCUACUGGAAGAAACAAGUUGGAGAUGCAGUAUCUAGCUGGAUAGAGACUGCUAAAGCGCUGGAACCACUCAAGGCGAACGUUAAGAGGUGA